CUUAAUUCGGUGCCAUUUCGUAAUGUUUGAAAAUGUGAUGGAUCGGUGAAGGUCACAGCUUCUGUGGAAAGUAUUAUCGACGUCAGUUCGCUACCGUCGUACACAUUUUGUCGUGUUUGCGAACGAUACACGGUUUACGUAACAAGGUCUCUUGACAAUACUUUGCAUUUGGAUAUAUCACAAUUAUAUUCGUUAAGAUGUGGGCUGUGUGGACAAGAACCGUACGCAGCGGGCGCUCAUUUGAGCGUUCACUAUCCAGCAUUGUGGAGUUGCCCAAGUUUCAGGACUUUGGCGUGCAGAAUGAGCCAGUUUUGGAAUAUAGGGAGGGGAGCGGCGAGCGCUCUGCGCUUGCUGAGGAGCUGAAGAGAACCGCUGCUGUUACUGAGGAGGUACCAAUUGUUAUUGGCGGAGAAACUAUUAAGGAAGGUGAGCCGCGUUACCAGGUGAUGCCUCAUAACCACUCCAAAAAAAUUGCUAAAUUCUACUAUGCGAGUGAGAAAACCAUACAAAAAGCUAUUAAAGUGUCAGUAGAUGCCCAAGCACGAUGGGACCGAACGCCUUUGCAGGAGCGUAUCCGUAUCUGGCAGAAUGCUGCAGAACUGAUGGCUGGUUCCCACAGACAAAAACUGAAUGCUGCCACUAUGCUGGGCCAGUCUAAGAGUGUAAUACAAGCAGAGAUAGAUUCAGCUGCUGAACUUAUUGAUUUCUUCAGAUUCAAUGUAUACUUCUUAAAAGAGAAUGCCAAAUAUCAACCAAUUUCGGAAAACCCAUCAGUGACAAGAAAUUCUCUAAGAUUCCGUGGCAUUGACGGCUUUAUUGCAGCAAUCAGCCCAUUUAACUUCACAGCGAUCGGGGGCAACUUGGCCUACACACCGGCUCUCAUGGGUAAUGGUGUUGUAUGGAAGCCAUCUGAUACAGCUCUUUUGUCAAAUUGGCGGAUCUUCAACAUAAUGCGUGAGGCGGGGCUGCCUGAUGGCAUUGUUAACUUUGUUCCAGCUGAUGGCCCCACAUUUGGCCGCACAAUUACUUCAUCCCCUCAUCUAGCAGGUAUUAACUUCACUGGCUCAGUUCCUACAUUCAACUGGCUGUGGAAUGAAGUUGGAAAAAAUCUUAGCCAUUAUAAAAAUUAUCCUAGGCUAAUUGGUGAAUGUGGAGGAAAAAAUUAUCAUUUUGUGCACCCUUCAGCAGAUAUUCAGACUGUAGUGACUGCAACAAUUCGCUCAGCAUUUGAAUAUUGUGGACAAAAGUGCUCAGCGUGCUCAAGAAUUUACGUUCCCAAAUCUCUGGCUGAGCCAAUAAAGCAUGGGUUACAGCAGGAGCAAGCUAAAUUAAAAAUUGGAGACCCAUCAGAUUUCAAAAUUUUUGCUGCUGCAGUGAUUGAUGAUAAGGCCUUUAAUAGAAUCACAGGUUACAUCAAAAAUGCCAAGAAAAGCUCUAAAAAUAAAAUCAUUGCUGGAGGUGAAUUUGAUGACAGCAAGGGCUACUUUGUCCAGCCCACUAUUAUUGAGACCACUGACCCACAUGACAAGCUUAUGACUGAAGAGAUUUUUGGCCCUGUACUAACCAUGUAUGUGUAUGAUGAUAGUGAAGUGGACAAGACCAUGAAGCUCAUUGGGUCAUCAACCAAGUUUGCUUUGACUGGAGCUGUGUUCUCAAUGGACAAGACCUUCCUACAAAAGGCUCUAGAUGAGCUCAAGAUGACUGCAGGCAAUUUCUACAUCAAUGACAAGUCAACUGGAUCAGUAGUAGGCCAGCAGCCAUUUGGUGGAGGCCGCAUGUCGGGUACCAAUGAUAAAGCAGGCGGGCCUGGCUAUGUCAUGCGUUGGACAACACCCCAGUCCAUCAAGGAGACAUUUGUGCCUCUGCGUGACAUUGACUAUCCUUACAUGAGAGAUUAAAGCAAAAAUGGAAGAAACCUCAAUGAAGAUUAUAAGUAAACACUAAUUGAUAUCAGUACAAUAACAAUAAUUACAUACAUAUUCAAUAAUAAUGAUAACUUAGUUAAGUUGGCUGAAUAAUUAGGCUUACUUAGUAGGUGUUAGAAUGUUAUUCUCAUGAUGUAACUUUAAAGUAUUAUUUUCU